ACAAGCGAACAACACUCUUCUCUUUAGGAGCAAAAUCAACGCGAAAUCUCGCUGAAGUCCGCAUACAAUUGACCUCUACAAGUCUAAUACCCUUUUAAAAAGAAAUGGCGCUGAGGGUUCAUGUCUGCACUUGGAAUGUGAUGUCAACACAGCCACCAGAUGUUGAUCUCAGAGAACUGCUGCAUUUAGACAAUGAAGAAGACAUCCCUGAUGUUGUAGCUGUUGGACUACAAGAAGUGGAUGCUAAGCCCCAGUCUCUACUCAUUGAAUAUAUCAAAGAAAACUCUUGGGUCAAGCUYAUUCAAGCAUACUUGGGUGCUUAUGGACUUGUCAAGUUGCGGUCUAUUAGAAUGUUGGGUAUGGUCCACCUUGUGUCUGUUCAUAUGAGACAUCUAGCACAUGUGAGGGAGAUUCGGCCAGCAUUUUGUAAGACAGCUUUCUUAGGGUUGUUGGGUACAAAGGGAGCCGUUGCUCUACGGUUCUGCUUGUAUGGGAAGUCAUUUUGCUUUAUUGACAGUCAUUUUGCAGCCCAUGCUGAAUACACAGACCAUCGAAACAUGGAGAGUCAGACAGUUUCAGACUACAUCACUUUCCCAAACUGCACCGCACAGAAAACACCACAGAAAAUACUAGAUCAUGACUAUGUGUUCUGGUUAGGGGACUUCAAUUACAGAAUCAAUGAAUCAUCAGAAAACAUCAAAGCACUUUGCAGUGGACAAGAAUACACAUCACUAUGGCAACAUGAUCAGUUAUUACAAAGUCAGAGUAAAAACCUUUGUUUUGUGGGCUACAAAGAAGGACCGUUAUCCUUCCCACCUACAUACAAAUACAAUCCAGGGACAAAUGACUGGGACACAGAAAGUGGUAAAUUCAGAAAACCAGCUUGGACAGACAGGGUGUUAUGGAAAGAAAAUGAUAUCAAAUCUGAAACAGUUCAACUUGUAACAUACAAAUCACAUGAUCAGUACAUGCCCAGCGACCAUAAACCAGUUAGUGCUUUGUUAGCAAUUGACCUUCAUGAAUCYAUGACAAAAAUCGAAGACCCUAUCGACUGGAAAAUAGACUUAAUGAGUAUGCCAUGGUAUGGUAAUGAGGAUGGUCUGAGUGUGUAUGUCGUCAAGAACUAUAAAACAUACAGCUGGGAUUGGAUAGGACUUUACAGAGUGGGUUUCCAUCACCUUUGGGAUUAUGAGAUGUACGAAUGGGCAGUAGGGGAUGGUGAUGAGUAUGGUGAGAAUGGCUGUGCUGUACUUUUUGAUUGUCUACCCGAGGAAGCUGGUCACUAUGUAAUGGCUUACUAUAGUUACAAAAUGGAGGCUAUUAUCUCUGUCUCUGAACCAUUCGAGAUUUUGCCUCCACGAGAUGAAGAYAAAGACCCUGUAGAUGUACAAGUUGAGCAGCCACAACAAGAGGUUUAAGUCAAAGAAAACARCGUUAAUCGAGAUGAGACGGUAAAACCAGUGGUAAAACCUUUUAGUAAUAUGUCGAAUCGACGGCCAAGACGCACAUAAAAGUAACUGCAGUUUUGUAAUUUUUGAUAUUAUUUUCUGAUGUACUUAGAUGCUCUAAGCUAUAUUUACUACACCCAAUAGAAAUUCUAUCGCAAAGGACAUCACAUAUAUUAUUGGUGGUAAAAGAUCUAAAUACAACACAAUUUUCGCCAUUUUGUGAUCUAUUUGGUUCUUUUUUUAACUGCUAAUCUAGUUGAUACUUUAAAGUUCUUUAAAGGACAUAMGAUUGCUAAGAUAUAAUAACUAAAUAGAAGCUUAUACUGGUAUUAGAAAUAGAUGAGAACAAGAAAUAAUAAGAGGAAGAAAAACGAUGCUUUUGACUGGGCUAAGCUUGGGCUAGUAUCAGUGAGUUGUCGAUCGUGCUACGAUCCCAGCUGAUCAUAGCGUGGUCUUCCACGCAGCUGAUAUAAUUCGUCAUGUAGUAACGGCUUCUUGCUCUAAAGAAACACUCCUUUCUUUUAACCAAAUAAARUAGUGCUAUUAAAUUUUUGAGAAUAUGACAAGUUUUAAACAUAUAUUACAUGGUCAAUUGGAGUUAUGAAUUUUAUCUUCGAAUGUUGAAAUUUUAGUUCCUAUUUGUUUUGUUAUAUUUGGAUACAGGAACCAAACACAUUUUCUUUUUUUAACACUCGAAGAUAAAAUCCGUAUCACCGUGCGCCCAUGUAAUAUCCUCUAUAUCAAACUGUGCGCGUUAGUCGUASRAAAUCKUUUGUYUWUUGUUGUACAAUUCGUGCAUUUAGUACCACUGCUACAACCAGCUGUUUCAUGACAAUAGUGAAUGCACUCUAAAGGUGUACAAGGUGUAUAAAUUUGUUAUUUAGUAUUUUUGGCUUUAUUAUAUUUGGAUACWGGAACCAAACGCAUGUACUUUUUUUUCAUUGUCAUUAUUUCCUGAUUUAAAUAAUUUUUACAUCAUGAAUCUGUUACUUCAWUUGUUUUAAAUGGAUUUGUUGAGGACCUCAGCAGUAGCAUCCAUCCWCCAGCUGAUYAUGAAAACCUUAAUAGGUAACUUCAAUUUUAAAAUAUGCUUUUCGCGACAACAGGAGCUUUACACGUUUGUUCUCCACAAAGCUGUAUUACUACUCUUUAUGAGUACAUUGCCUGCAUCCCGUGAAAAUUUGUUUUGGGGGGGAAACGAUAAUUAAGUAUUAGGUAAUAUAUGCUAUUGUAUUAUCCCGAAUAAGUAUUCUUUAAUACUUUAUUUAUUCAGCAAUUGAUAUAACGUUUGAUUAAUGGCUAGAAUAAUCAAACAAAGUUAGACUACUUUAAGUAAAGUGACAGUGAACUAACAAUGCAGCAUUAUCCAAUCGCAUCCCAGCGUUCUAACGAUUUGCAAUACCGCACAGUUACUGRACCUGGUCUGCACAAUUUUUGUGUAACGAUUACGGUUACAGUACAGUACCGUCCGUUUCCCACUCAUACGAAAUUGACUCUAUGCAUAUUAAGGCAUAGCAUUGCUAAUAUUGCUACAGGGUAAAUCUUUUGUCUGGCAGYGAUUUCUUUUUACCGUGCUCAAAAGUCGUCUAUUUCAAACUAACUUUAUUUGUGACGCUAGCAAAUGAGAAAAAAUAUUAAGAAAUAGUUUUAUGUAAAUACAUUCUCCUACCCAGUUCCUUCUUAGCUUUCUAACGGCAAACGGAAGGGAAGCUGAGAAGGAUUUCGGUACGAGAAUGAUGUAAAUAUGCCUAGUCUAUAUCUACACAGCAUCCUCGCGGUUUGUUUCGAUGUACCAUCGAUUCUAACCUAGCUACCGGAAUUAUAAUUUAGAGCCAAUUGCCCUAAUAGCAUAAUGACGUCACAACAUUGGGAGUACUGGGAGUAUUGGGAGUUACAGUGGGAGUACUGCUGACCUUCUAAUAUUCUCUUUCCCAAUUUUAUCUAGGUUUGAUAUACACCUAUUUCAAAAACCUCGAGGAGAACGGCAAAUGGCGGCAUGGCGAGUGUGCAUUUUCUUGAUAUGAAGUCAUUCUCCCCCCCCCCCCCCCCCCCUCCUUCGGCGACCAUAAGGCAUAGCGAAUGUUUUUGUGACGUAAUAAUGCGUUAGGGCAGUUCUGGCCAAUAUAUACAAUUAAUAAAACAAGUUAUUGGGUGAUUAUCCAUCGAUAUGCCACACAUUUUGGUUGUGUAAUCAUCAUUCAGAAAUUAUUUCUCUUCUAUAACUUUUUCUAGAACACGUUGUGUAUAUAAUUGAGAACUAUUAUGCGAUAACUUUGGGUUAGUAAAAGCAAUAUUAGUAUACUAUUAGAUAGUUAGUUCAGCUCUGGAUAAAAUAUAUGAAUGUAUAAUGGAAUCAAAUUAAUAUUAUGUACUAUAGUAUACAGGAAUAAAUUAAAGGCUAAUGAUUAAUAAUAAAAGCGAAUCAUAUAUA